AUGGCAUCCCUCUCGAGUGCGAACAUCGCCCGCGCCGCGUCGUCCCUCCUCCUUCGCGCCUACCCUACGCCGCCGAAAGUCUCGUCGUUUCUCCGCGAGAUCCGCCGCCCUGCCGAAACCAACAAAUUUCUGCGACAACAGUCAGGACAGAACGUCAGCGACAGAAUCGACGCGACACACGCGCGGCGCACGCGCGCGGCGCACGCGAUGUCGUGGUUCGGGUGGCUCCCCGACGUGUCCUCCCUCAUGGGAGGCACGACGUCGCAGCCCGCGAACGCCCCCCCGCCCGCGGUGCAGCUCACGGAGGAGCAGAUGCGCGAGCGCGGGAUCGCCUCCAUGGAUGCGGAGUUUCGACAAAAGUACGCCAAGGGGGCCAAAUUCAACUUCAAAGUCGUCCUGCGAGGCGACAUCGGGACGGGGAAGUCGACGCUCAUGCGCCGCCUGCGCGGCGGGACGUUCAUCCCGGAGUACACGCCCACGCCGGAGAUCAAGACGUCGCACAUCAAGUGGACCGCGCGGUCGUCGCCGGAGGACAACGUCAUGCUCGAGGUCUGGGACGUCGUCGACAAGGCUGCGAAGCGCGCCGUCUCGGAUGCUCUGAAGACGAUGGCCCACGACGGCGCGAGAGCGAGCGAGAGUCACGUGAUGAUGGGCGCGAAAGAGGGCGGGCACACGUACCCGUUGGAUGCGAGCGUGAUCGACGUGUACAAGGGCGCGCACGCGGCGGUGUUCUUGGUGGAUCCGUCCAAGCGGUGGACGUACGAGUACGCCAAGCGAGAGCUCGCCGCCGCGCCGGAACACGUCCCCACGGCGAUUCUGUUGAACUUCCGCGACUACCCGGCGUCGAAGCGGCUGCUGCGAGCGGACGAGGUCGAGGCGGACUGCGGGUACGCGUUCAAGGGGAGGCCGUUCCGGCCGUUCGUGAUGGAGACGAGCCUGUUAAACUGCUACGGCCUUCAGGCGCUGUCGACGUUUCUGCACAUUCCGUUUCUGUGCUUGAAACGCGCGGCGUUGGAGCAAGCCGUCGCGCUGAACACGAAGGCGAUCGUGCAAGCGCAGGAAGCGCUGAAGCACGUCAAGGGGAACGCGUACGAGGCGUACGAGCGGAAGAUCGAGGCGACGCAGGGACGCGCGUCCGCGUCCGCGGCGGCGGAUGCGCUCGAGGAAAAGAAUAAGGAGACGAAGAAGAAGAAGGAGACCGGCCCGCCGCCCGAGCCCACGGUGACGUGGGAGAAGCUCUCGAAGACGACGCUCGGGGAGGCGCCCAUCUUACUCGGCGGCGCCGCGCUCGGUGCGGUCUACACCGGGGUCUCCACGCUCGCGGCGACGACGCCGGCGGAGAUCAUCGAGGCGGCGAAGGAGUCGGUUUCGAUCGAAAAGCUCGGCAGCGGCCUCGCGUCGCUCGUGACGCGAGAGAAGAAAGGGAAUUUCGACGCGGCGGAGCGCGAGCGCACGGCGCCGCAGUUCAAUCACCUCACCGGUCGCGGCGGCGCCGCGGCCGCGGCGUUCGGCGGGCAAGAUCUGGACGAGGACGACGUCGGCGUGCGCCCGGGGGACAUGCCGGGCGGGGAGAAGAGCAUGGAUAAGUUUUUCGACGAGGAGGACACCCCGCGCGCGGGCGACGGGAGCGACGCGGGCGACGACGGCGACGGGUGGGGCGGAGGCAGCGACGACGACCUCCCCGGGGGCGGCGGCGGCGACGCGCGGCCGUUCUGGGACGACGACGACGACGACGACGACGACGACGGCGGCGGCCGCGAGAAGAAGAAAAAAGUCGAGGUGCGGUGGGACGAGAGCAGCGACGGGAGCGGGGGGUCGAGCGACAGCGACAGCGACAUCGAGUUCGACGUCGCGGACGACGACGACGACAGGGACGACGGCGGCGGCGACGCCGGCGCCGGCGGCGAGAAGGAGGACCCGUUCUUCGGCGUCGGGGCGAUUGAAAAACAAAACCCGACGGCGAAGACGGCGACGCCGAGACGCGCCGCGCCGGGGUCGGCGCCGCCGCCGGGUCCCGGGUUCGAUCUGAACGACCCGGCGGCGAUCGCCGCGGCGUUCGGGUCCCCCGCCGCGGACGACGACGACGACGAGCCGCCCGUCGGGGGAGGGACGCCGGCGACGACGAACCCGUUGUACGACACCACGCCGACGGGGUCGCCGACGGCGGCGAAGGCGAGGUCUCCGGCGCCGCCGCCGGCGCCGUCGAGCGCGGGCGCGAAAGAGACGGUCGCGGUCGCUGUCGCCGCCGCGGACGCGGACGCGGACGAGGGGUCCGGCGACGGCGAGAGCGACGGCGAAGCGAAGCGACGCGCGGCGAAGAACGCGAAGAAGAAGGCUGCGAAGAAGGCGUCGAAGAAGAAGAAAAAGGACGAAGGCGACGGCGGCGGCGACGGCGGCGGCGGCGGCGGCGGGAGCGGUUCCGACUCCAAGAGCAAGAAGAGCGCGUCGAGGCGAGCGAAGGACUGGGACGAGGACGACUAG